AUGAAGAAGCUCAAACUAAGAAGAGACAAAGAAAAUGAAUGGGCCAAUCGCCCAGUCGUGCAACCUGGGAGGAAAUGUGAAAGGGGCGGAGAAGCGUAUUGCUUAGGGACCUUCCCAGGGCAGAAAGAAGCAGUAAAGGGAUUUUUAGGCCAGUGGGGCCGCCUAAUGAAUGAAAGCAACACAAGACAAGCCUGGCCUCAGAUAUCCGAACGGAAGCACCGACUGGUCAGGGACCUAGUGGCUGAGGGACAGGACAAGUAUAAAUGGAGGGGGAUGUUAAUGUGUAUUUUAAUGAAGGCAUUAGAAAUGAGCCAAAUAGUAGUACAGGAGGGGAAGGGGCAGAAGAUCCUGUGGGAAACGGACCACUGGAAACAGGCGCUAAGUAAGGGUAUAACUGAGCCGUGGGACAGGGACACCGGAGGGCAGAACAUGCUAGUGGCCACCACGUGUAUCAUGAGGGGACUGAGUGGAUAUGAAGCCACAGACUACACGAGCCUCCGACGAGAUCGGGAUACAUGCAGACACGUCUGGGAGCAGUUGACUAUAGAAUUGGAAGAUCCUGCGAAGGUCGAAGAAGAUAGACAAAUCACAAAACUGUCAGACAUGAUAUCUAAGUUAAAGAAAGAGCCUGACGAUCCGUCAGCCACAUAUAGGAAAGUCGGUCUUCUGUUGAGUAUAUAUACUGGCAUGAAGGAGUGCUUAGAGUAUGGGCGUCCCUAUGAGUUGCGGGGUUUCAUAAAGCCGGGAGGGUGGGACAUCUCAAGAAUAGGGAGCUGUGAAAUGGAAGGGGACACCUUGAAUUGUGAUGGCGGACAGGGACUCUCAUCUCAAGCAAGGAUCAAUUUAUGGAAGAAGGAACUGAUGCAGCUCACCGAGGAACCACAGAUCCCCCCUAAGCCCACCAGACGCCUCCAGCUGAUAACGGGAGAUACGUCCCAAGAGGUGGAAAAAAUAAAACAGGAAAACCAAAGGAAGGCCAAUGAAACUGCGGCUAAAAUAAGCCAGACCAUGACUCAACGACAUGAGGCAGCCCGAGACAACAGCGUUAUCUAUGGGGACUCCCCACAAACCAUGACGGCCCACCCCAAAUCCCAGAAGGAGGAAGGAACUGGGACCUCUGGAAAGGACAAGGAAACAGGGACCGCCCAACCCGUCCAAAUCCAACAUCAGAAAGAAACCGUGCAUCUCCCCAACCAGAACCUACAUCAAGAAUUAGAAACCCGGCUGAAUCCUCUCCCGUCAGACGACGGCCAACAUUCCAACGACGAAACUGUGUCAAGCCAAACACACGCAGAAGGUGUUAACCUACCCGAACAGUCCGAUGCAACCACAAAAUCCCAACGGGAUCCAAAGGGGGAACAACUCAGAAAUUCACCAGAGGACCGCAUUCUCCCGCAAGGGACCCCAAAACAGUCAAUCCCCCUGAGUCCGAUAUUGGGAGCAGCAGUAAGUCUCCUCUUGGGUCUAUGCGGUAUCUAUGGUCUAUAUCGGGUUUAUUCCAAACCAUCAAAGCUGAGGAUACAAGGUGAAGCCGAAGGAGCCGGGACAAAAAGAAGGGUCACCUACGGCCCCCUUAAGGUCGACUGA